CCGCACUGCGAUAAUCACUAUGUAGGCGACAUUGCAUUUUUGUGACCGCAAGCUAACAUCUCAUCAUGCUACUGAUAGGUCAUUGAUGCCAAGACGCCGCAGGCAGUGAUCGGAGUUGAGGGCGAAGAUACGCGAGUUGACGCACGGAUGCUCAAAGACGAUCGGGUUCAACAAGAUCCAAUGCGAUCUAUCUUUUCAAAGGAUUUUUCGGAUAGAGUGGGAUGAUGUCUCUCUUGACACCCUUGCGUUCCCUGUUUUCCACCUGUGUUGCAUGCUAUCACUGUCUCUAUUGGAUUAGGAUGACGAUCCAUUUUAUCGUCAUUUGCCCUUUCCUCGGCGUGAUUGACCGACGUCUAUGCAGCCCCUUGGAGCAAGAGCAUUCGAGUUGUACAGACUGGAUCUUGAUCUCAGUGACUGAUGCGUCUGAUACAGACAACUAAAGUAUAGAUCGAUCACUCGUUCAGCGCUGCAGCGCUCAAUACUCGGCACUCAUUCCACACUGAGUCGUAUCGGUGAGACGCGUAACUUAAAGCGCACGAACCCCAGGAAUCCUAUUUAACUGUAACGGUCGUAUCUGAUGUGGAGCGAUGUUUAACAGAUCAAAUUACAUCUCGCAUGAAACAACAUUAACAUCAAUCGGUGCAUAUCUAUAUACAGAGUAUAAGAUGGAACUGUGGUCCACCCGUGUGUGCUG